GAAAAUGUAAACAAUAAUACGACCUUCAACUCUGCCACAGCCGUCUCGCGCAAAGGGGAAAAACUUUCUCGUGCCCCAGCUAAAGUGAGUGUUGUUUGGGAUCGUUUCUCCUUGCUUCCUUACCAUUUACACUUAACAUCCGCGGGCGCAGGUGAACGUUCGAUGAAAAUUCCACUCUCGAACCUUGUUUCCUGCGAGGCAAACGAGCAGUCGCUCCAGCAUUUUGGCGACGUGAGCUAGAGAAAGAGAGAGAGAGUGAGCGAGAGAGAGGGACGGAAACAGUGCAACCGUAACGCAGUCCACCACAGCACCGUUUGGGGAGCAUGCGCCUCGAUGCACUGGUCGCAUGGUAUCAGAAGAAGAUCGGCACCUACGACAAGCAGCAAUGGGAGAAAACGAUCGAGCAGAAGAUACUGGCCGGCAUCAGCCAUCUGCCGCUGAAAAACACCAAGCUGAAAACGGAACUGAUCGAUGUGGAUCUGGUGCGUGGUUCGACCUUCCCGAAGGCGAAAUCGAAACUCUCCAUCCUAACCGUGCUGUAUCUGGCGGCGCUGCGCUUUCUGCUGCUGCCGGUUUACGCCCGUUGGUGGGUACAGCAAACGUCACCGGGCGUGUUUCUGCUGCUGCUUAUGCUCUACCUGCUGCAAAUGCUGAACCUCGGCAUCUAUAGCUACUGUGCCCGAUCACCACCACCACCAUCGAGUACCGAUACUGCGACGGGGAGUGACGGUGCCGAACCUAACGCAAAGCUACCGCCAACCGAUACCGUCGAUCACAUCGUCACCAUAUCGGACUUUUUGAUUCCGCUCGCCCUGAGUCUGCUGCUGAGCGUCAUCCACUCGCAGAUCGUAGCGACCGCCUCGAACAGCAAUGGAUCGUCGCUGUUUUCGUGUGGCAAGCUGUCGCAGAAGUGUUUCUCGCACGGUUCGGCAACACCGGCCACGCCGGGCGCAGCCAGCACUGGCACAGGCACGUCCCUAUCCACGCCGGCCGGCGGUGUACCGGCCGGGUUGAGCAAGAAGCAGCGCGAACAACGAAUUCGCCGCAAGCGGCGCGUUAGAGCACACUCCGAAACGCAAGCCCAAUCGUCAUCGCCCGGCCGGGCAGUGACGGCGGAGGAGCGCGAUCGGAAGAAAGCGUUCGCCAGUGUGGGUGGAUCGAAAUCGGCCACCAGCUCGCCGGCACGCACAGCGCCGAAAAAGGGCGCCUGUAGCACGAGCAGCAGCACGAGCAGUGAUGCAGUCGAGCGGGCACAGCUGGCGGAAGGGAACAACGAACAGCCACGACAGCCGGAGGUUCUGGUUGGAAGGCGUGAGGAGAACGGCUCGCUGCGCAUGGAAGAUCGAGCGCCGAACAUUCAUCGAACGGCGAACGAAACGGAAAAACACACAUCGAUCGGCGUGACCAUCAUCCCGACGACGACGAGCUCGAGCGACCAUUCGCCACCGAACGGGCGUCGGUCGGGCGAUCAUACGCAGGAGGCGAACCCGAUGCUGCUGCUGCCCUCCGGGUUGCGGCGGCGCAAUGUAAACUGGGACCCGACCGUACCGGAACGGUCCCGCCCGGGUCCGUCGUCGCUGCUGGAACCGGUCGUAGAUGACGAUGGGUUUGAGAGUUUAAACGGCAAAAGCUCGGGCGGUGAGGAUAGUGCAGGCAAUGUGUUUCUCAAGGAUCACCAUCGGUACCGGAAGGUGGCUCCGUUCGGGGGGAACGAUUGGAAUGCAGCCGGCGAAACGGAAGCAAAAGACCAUCAGUCGGAUUCGGAUACGGAUACGCUGAAAAAUAGUAUCACUACCACCACCACCACCAACUACAACACACCGACGAUAGUGGAACUGGAUGGUGUGCUUGAUCCGCAGCGCAAACAGUUCGCGGAAGGGGGUCACACCGCUGGCUCGCAGUCGGAACUGGCACAGCACGAUACACCGCAGCACGGAGGAAGGGGGGAAUCGAAGGAGCUGGUACGGCAACGGCGCAACAAGGACUCAAGUAAGCAGCCGCUGCAACGGCGCGCCCCGACGGCGCUGUAUGACGCGGGGCCGGACGAAAAGAAGGGCCUGGGGACGAGCUGCAGCGACGAGACGGACGAAGAGAACAACGAGUACGAUUUGCAUUCACCGUCGCCGCCCCACCUGCAUCUGCUGCACUCAUCGCCGCCGCUUCGCGCGCACCACCCCCAUCAGCCGAUGGUGGGCCCGGUGGUACGGCCGUCCCCGUCGCCGCACCACCACCACCAUCUGCUUUACCUGCAUCAUCGUCAUCAUCAGGCGGCCGCCGUAGUGCAGCCGGCGGCGGUGGCGACGGCGGCGGCGGCCCAUUCCCAUCAUACGCUUCAUCCGCAUCAGCAUCACUUUCACCAUUCGCCCUCCGUACUGACCGAAGGCGAAGAAUGCAGCUACAGCUCGGAGCUGGACCAUUCCGACACGCAGAACGAACACUCCGACGACGACUACGAGCUCGAGGACGUCCCGACCCUGAUCCUCAACCCUGCCUGCGGUGCGAACGAUCGCGUCAGCUGCACCAUCUGGGAGGCGCGCGAGGCAAAGAAGGCCGAAAUGUCCGUGCUGGACAUCUCGUCCGCCAUCAUCGAGCGGGUCGAGGCCAUGCCGGAAUCCUGCGACUACGUCUACAUCGGCGUCGUCCUCAGCGUGUUCCUCUCGCUCGUGCCCGCCUUCUGCCGGCUGUGCGAGGCGACCGUCGACUCCACCAACUCGACCGAGGUGAACUUUCUCGACAUGCCCGUCAUCCUGUUCGAGAAGGCGUCCUUCUCGCUGCUCGCCAUCCUGCGGUUCGCGUUCGGCGAAACCACCUGGGAGCGGUUCGUGCUCGUGCUCGGCUUUCUGCUGCGGCUCGUGCUUACCUUUCUGGUGUUUUUCCUGCUCGCCGUGGCGGAGCGCACGUUCAAGCAGCGCUUCCUGUACGCGAAGCUGUUCUCCCACCUGACGUCCUCGCGGCGUGCCCAAAAGUCGAGCAUACCACACUUUCGCCUCAACAAGGUGCGCAACAUCAAGACGUGGCUCUGUGUGCGCUCGUAUCUGAAGCGGCGCGGCCCCCAAAACUCGGUCGACGUGAUCGUGUCCGCCGCGUUCAUCAUUACGCUGCUGCUGCUGGCGUUCCUGAGCGUGGAAUGGUUGAAGGAUUCGGUGCACCUGCACUCACAGUUCAACCUGGAGGCGCUCACCUGGUCCUGUGCCUUUGGCACGUUUCUGCUCCGCUUCAUGACGCUCGGUACGAAAAUUAACAAAAAGUACAAAAGCGUUUCGGUGCUCAUCACCGAGCAGAUUAAUCUCUACGUUCAGAUUGAACAGAAACCAAACAAAAAAGAAGAACUGAUGAUAUCGAACAACGUGCUCAAGUUGGCAGCUGAUCUCCUCAAGGAGCUGGAAUCUCCGUUCAAAAUCUCCGGUCUCAGCGCAAAUCCGUAUCUCUACACCACCGUUAAGGUGGUCAUACUGUCCGCCCUUUCCGGUGUGUUGAGUGAAAUGUUAGGCUUCAAGCUGAAACUUCACAAAAUUAAAAUUAAGUAAAUUUGUUUGCAAAGUUUGCCCAAUCUCCUGCGCGGGCCUCUCCGUAAUGCAUUUCCCCCUAGCCCGAUUAUUUUUUCCUCGAAGGAAGGUGUAGCUAAUACUGUAAUAGCUUGUUUUUUUUAGCAAUUUUAUUUUUAAAUUAUGUGCAAUAUGUGAUUGUUCUUUAUUUUAUAACGUAACCGGGGAUGCACCGUCGGCCCGGGUUGACUUUUUUUUGGAUAUUUGAUUCUCCGCCAUAAAACCGUGAAAGAUACUCACACACGUAAGACUCCCCCUAUUAUACCUGAUGCAAAAUAGGCACGAAAUUAUAAGUGAGAAAAUGGUACUUUCCCUCGUUAAACAAAAAUAUAUAAAAAAGAGCCUGCCUGAUUCUCACGCGUGCAAGAUUUCUCGUUCGAAAACGUUCCAACACCAGCCAGCCAGGUGUUCGUAGUCGUUUAGUAGUGUUGUGUGGAACUAUUAGUCGUUAAAUACUAUCGUUGCUCGAUACUUGUAAAAGGGAGGGUAGGCAAAAGCGCUAAGAGCACAUCUCUAUAAUUAAUGCAGCUAAACAUCUGCACACGAUAAACAGUAUACAGGGUUAAAACAGAUGAAGAAAAGUAUAUAAAAACACAAGCAAAACAAAAAAAAACGUUUAAAACAAUACACAUUAACGCACGAUCCGUUGAUCGGUAGUGUUUGGUAGGAUAGUGGUACAGGAAGGUGGGCUGUUGGUGCGACACUGCGGCCUUUCGCCCUAAUCGGGCACGUUGCCUGCUUGCUGCGCACGGGUACCACAGGCCGCGUUAGCGAGAACUGAUAUAAGCAUAGUUUAUUUUUCUAAUAGGAAGUAGCGAAAGCCAGAGUCCAGAUUUUAAUGCGGCACGCGUGCAAUUGAGAUAAUGUUAUAGUAAAAAGCGUAGUGUGUGUUAAAGUCACAACAGAAAGUGAGUGGUCAGUGUUUGUGUAAGUGUGGAUAUAUCUGUCUGUCGUGUUUAGCGUCUUUCUCUUGCGUCCCGAACGCGUGGACAGCGUGAGCUAGGGUCGUUUGCAAUCGUUAACUAAAUGAGAGUGAAGGGGAGAAAUCGUUCCACCCAGCACUAGGAUGGGUGUGUUUUAGCUCGAAAAUUAAAAACGAACAAUUCAACGUG